GCGGCAGAGCUCUUAUAGUCAGUAUCAGCUAACAUGGCCGGGUUUGCGGAGUGCGGUUGGUUCGGAUCUGUUCUCUGUUUUCUGGGUGGCAUCACUGCACUGUACUACUUGUUGAAGUGGUCGUGGAGGAUUUGGCAAGGCUUCAAGGUGCACGUGCUGUCCAGCGUUUGGCCAACAGACUUGAGAGUGUACGGACAGUGGGCAGUGGUCACAGGGUCAACAGCAGGGAUUGGACGAGCUUACGCCAUUGAGCUGGCCAGACGAGGACUGGACAUUGUUCUGAUCAGCCGAUCGCAAGAAAAGCUUCGCAGAGUUGCUGAUGAGAUCGAAUCACGUUACAGACGGCAGACUCGAGUCAUUCAGGCAGACUUCACUGAAGGCCACUCUAUUUAUCCAGUUAUAGAAGAGCAACUCAAAGGCCUGAAGAUUGGCAUUCUGGUGAACAAUGUUGGUAUGAAUUAUGCUGGAAUGUUGGUGAACUUCUUAGAUGUCCCCGAUCCUGAAAAGAGAAUCACUGAAGUGAUCAACUGUAACAUCCUGUCUGUGACACAGAUGAGCAGAAUGAUUUUGCCACAGAUGGUUGAAAGGGGUAAAGGACUUAUCAUCAACAUGUCAUCAGAAGCUGGUUCUCAGCCGCAGCCCAUGCUCUCUUUGUAUUCGGCAACAAAGAUAUUUGUGACAUAUUUCUCUCGCUGUCUUCAUGCAGAAUACCAGCCACGAGGAGUUACAGUUCAGUGUGUGACCCCAUUCGUCGUGUCCACUAAUAUGACGUAUAACAUCGAGGUUAAUCCUCUGGUGAAAAGCGCAGAGUCGUUUGCCAGAGACGCUCUCAACACCGUGGGUUACAGCUCCUUCACCAGUGGCUGUAUUACACAUGCCCUGCAGCAUAUCGCUCUGGCGAUCUUCUUCCCUGCUUGGCUGCGCCUGUCUUCUUUUUGCGUGCGCCGUGUUGAGAAGUUUGCACAAGAAAGAAAGCAGCAAAUAGAAGAGAGGAUGGCACAGUGCCAGAAGAAACAGGAAGACAAACACAAGUAAACCGAGGCUUACAUCAACAGAAGGUCACGUGACCACACAAGCAACCUGAUGUGAAUGACUUGCUCUUCUGGAUAUGGAUCUUAACACUUGCUUCUAACCAAACCCUGCUUUUAAUCAGAUUUGAAAGUAUUCCUGACAGACAUUCUCCGCAUGCACUGAAUGUUCAUUGGUGUAGAUGUUCAGACACUUGCAGAUCUCAGCCAAAGGUGAUAUGUCGCUGAUCAGCCAAGAUAUGUUCUGUAUCCGAGUUUUGUUUUUCUCUAAAUUAUGUGUAUGGCCGUGUAGAUGACAUCUGUUCUUAAUACGUGGGAACAGCAUCUGAAUGUGUGGCCAUGACUUAGCAACAUAAGGCACUGAGAUAAUUAAGUGUGGGCACAGUUUAUUAAGGUGUGAUCACUGGGUUGUGCCAACAAGAUGAACAACUGAUGUUUCUUGACAACAGUAGCUACUGUAAACAAACUCUAGCGUGGGUAAGGGGUGUGCGGAUAUUUAAUUAACUUAAUAAUAUCUUUUCCACCCUUUACUAAUCAAUGGCCAUGCAAUAAGAUUUAUUAUGAAGGGAUGACGCCAACGCAAAGUUUAUAUCUGAUUUGCACAAACUGCAGGUCGAAUCCAACAAACUGAUAAAAAAACACAUACUUAACGAUUUCAGCCAAAUACAAUUUUCUAACCUGAGCGCGGAAUGACAUAAAACUAGCUGAAGUAGAAAGUGAUUCGCCUACAAAAUGGAGCAAAUGUCGCUAGUUUCAAAAGUUGCUUAUUCCAUAUUUAUAGGAAGACGAACACACACAAGUGUAUUUCGAAAUUCUCCACAAGUCAAUACGGUUGGAGGCAAGUGUGUAAUAAUCCAGGGACACGGUUUGUAUGAUGCUAAAUUGGAUGCUAAUAACGUAACGCGAGUAGGCUAUUAGCUAUACAGUAGCACCUCGGGUCCUCGACCACCUGUGUUUGAAUUUUCAGUAUUUGAUUCGAAUUUUCGAGUCAAUUUGACCUCGGUGUGCGAAAAUAUUUUUCAGUGUACGACUCGACCGCCAGGAACGCCGGUUCUUGUUUUAUACAGGAUUGCAACGAAUAGACGUUUCGAACAAAAUUCGAACAAAUGUUAAUGUGAACUCUAUUUUCAACACAAAUUUUCAGUUUGCGAAAAUAUCUUGCUGUGUUCGACCCGAAAACAACUAUUUUGACUGCACACACUUUCCAUGUGGCGUACCCUGCCAUAGACAGUAGAGAUGAAGCAGUUUUACGCGGGUCAUCUGUUCUGGAAGCAUCAUCUGUGAGUGCUUGUGUUAUAACCCCACACUAUCUUUUGUGGUAUAAUUUCAGUAGCCAUGUCUCCGAAAAAGGAGAAAUCAGGCAUCAGUGUUGCCAAGAGGAAAGUUGAGAGAUCAAGACCAUCGAGUUGAAAUGGAUUAAUUCGUUUUACAUUAUUUCCUAUGGGGAAAAAUAAUUAGGUUUCGACCAGACUUUCGGAACGAAUUAAGGUCGAACACUGAGGUACCACUGUAUUAGCUUCAGACUACAGGCAUGCGCGUGCCUUUUUAGCCUCACUUGUGCACCCAUUAUUUUUUCAUAAACCACCAAAAAUCUUCAUACGUGAACAAAUAAGGGAUUUUUAAAUCACAGCGAACAAACAAAAUGGAGUCACACAGAGCCCACAAGCUUCAUAUCUGAUUGCGUGACUUUUUGUUGGCUGUCGAAGCUCACACACUACUUCCGACAGCACAUGUCUUGGCUGAUUGAGUUUUUUUUCCGCAGGUAUAAAUCAUGUUUUAAUCAGAAACACAGUGUGCAAAAAUACAAACACAGGACUGGGCUGUGUAUCAGAUAUAGACAGCAAGACAGAAGACAUAGGACUCAAUAAGGGAUCAGGAAAUAUUUAACCAGUUUAUUAUGUACAUAGUUACUUCGUAUGUGUAUAAUAAUAUUGCCUUGUGUUUGUUAAAUGCAACAGAAUAUAUAUAUAUAUAUAUUGUUAAUA